AGAGAGGAGGGUUUAUAAUUAUAUCAUAAACAAACUGCAACCAAAAAUAUGGCGAAUCAAUGUCAUCUCAGCUCAGACGUCUGGUUUGCUGGUUUACUCGCACUCUUCUUGCGCAACGCAACCAAGCAAAAACCAUUCUGAAUCUGAUUCGAUCCGGUUCUUAUUCUCCGCCUCCUGCACUCGAUCUCCAUUGUGACGUGCCUGUUGCCACGCUGUAGGCACGAACGCUGAUUGGCUGUAGUUUCCCAAGAGGGCAGACCGCAGUAUUAUUGACAUGGAUAUUCAUGAGCGAACGGAGGAGCAUGCUUACUUUGUUUACGCGAACAGCAGCUGAUCUGAUGAAAUACUCAGAGGAUAAAGAGACAAAAACAACAACGAUAAAUCAACAGAUGAUUGCACGGAACCAACCGGUCAUGCGCAAAAUGGUUUUCCAACUACAAAUUUCAUCAUCGCAUUGAUAAAUUAUUAUAUGCCUUGGUAUAAACUCAAAAUUAUUCUUGAACAGUUAGCUUUGAAACAGCUUACAUUGACGGACACACAUACACGCAAGCCGUAGCCACUGGCACUGACCGGUUCUAGCAUUGCUAAAGCGUUCCUGACUCACACCGUGCCUCAACACAGAUUCGUUUUCAGAGAGCAUCAUUUCUUAGCAUCUCGUUGUUGAUUUGGAAGAAAGAGUCGACCAAGUCAUGUCUCCCCAGCCGAAUGGUAAUUCGCUCUACGAUGCCUGCACUCCCGUCAGUGGACAGCUGGUCUCCUGGAAGGAUGACCCUUCUCCAGCCGUCUUUGAGGCGAAUCCCAUGGGCACCUCUGCCUUGACUGAGUCAGCCAGUCAGGACGUGAAGGCAGCAGGGACGCGUGGUGGCUCCAAGAAGGGCGCCCUCAAGGUAACCAAUCUCUUCAGGGCAUUGUGGAUAAAUCCUCGGUAUUUCCGAUGGGUAGUGACCAUUGCCACCUCUAUAGCCUUCGCAACAAUAUUGGGCUUCUUCAGCGCCUUUGGUCCGCUAUACAUGUGCCUUAGGAGAGACCUGAAUUCUUCGGCCAUUGCAACUGGUUGGGUAGCAUCCCUUGGCUGGUCCGUCGGGAUCACAUCGCCAUUCGUUAACACACUCUACCAACGGUUCGGACCUCGUAAGAUUGCCAUCCUUGCUGCUCUGUUCUGCUCUAGCGGACUCCUCAUGUCCUCCUUCGCCACGUCCAUAUGGCCACUCUUCGUGACCUUCGGUCUCGUAUUCGGCUUUGGUGUCAACCUGGUUAUCACAGGGUCGAUGAGUGUUGUCACCUCACAUUUUGACAGCAACAAUAGCGCCCUUCCGACCACCCUCCCAGGAGUUGGUUCCGCUAUUGGUACACUUAUAUACUGUCCCAUACUGGAAAUCGCCUAUGAGCACUUCGGCUGGCGAAACACGCUUCGAUUUGUCUCCGCCUUGAUCUUCGUCAUCGGCCUUACCUGUGCUAUAUGUUACAAGCGACCCGCUUCCGAGAAACGCACAACUGACGCAACCGUAUCUGCCACUGAGGACGCUUCUUUGAAGGCAUUGUUGGCCGCAUCGGUCAUCCCGUCGACCAGUGCUGCUACAGUAGCCACAGCGAACUCCCAGAAGAGGAAGAGUAUUCUGGUCAAGAUGUUCAAGGGUGAAGGACAAUUGGAAAGGGAGCGAAGGCAAAAGUCCAGACAAAAUUACAUCCUUCUCGUCAAAGAUCCUAUUCACUGGAUGUUCUGUUUGGCUACCAUGUUGUCCAAUGUGUGCAUGGUAUUCAACGUGAUAAACCUGGUCGAGUUGAUGGAUACUGCAGGAUACACGCCACAAAGGUCAGCCACAUUCAUGUCUAUUUUGAGCUUCGUGGAGACGGGCUUUCGGCUUGUUACGGGAAUCUUCGGUGAUCGGCUGCCAUGCGCUCGGACUCUUCUUUUCCCCGUCAUGUGUAUCAUCUGCGCAUGCGCCACUUUUUCCCUGACGCUCAGCACGAGUACUGCGGUCAUCAUAAUUUACGUCUGUGUUGCCGGGAUGGGACGUGCGGUCAACUAUUCUAUCAUCUUCUCGGCAUCUAUCGAGACUUUUGGUCACUCCGUCCACCAAGAGUCUUUCUCCAUGCUGUUGGUAUCGUACGGUGUCGGCUGCCUCCUCGCCGCCAUCAUACCAGGUCUCAGCUUUGAUCUGACCGGGUCGUACACAUCGGCCAACUACUGCGGGGCCGUCCUGUGGCUGAUCGCAGCUGGACUUUAUCUCGCCAUCUACUGUCUCAAGAACCGCAAGAACCGUCUGCGCAUGGACCGCUACUCGGCCGUGCGUCGACGCUCCAGCGACAAGAACGCGUCAAUGUUGAAGGUCGAAACGUGUACACCGCUCACCGUCGCGCACGCAUUGACGGAGAAGGGAGUCGAUUUAGAGGGCGCGCUUGAAGUUCUCAAAGCCGACGUCAGAGACUCGGCGGUGGUCGUUGCUCAAGAGUAUACGGUUGUUGUCGACAAGGUUUCUACUGUGUGAAAGGUUACACCUUUUUUUAACCAGUUCAUGAUUUGGAUUGAGGCAAAUUUCCCUGACCUUAUGCGGAGGUCUAUGCGUUUGUUUUGGCAGCUACCUUGUCCAUAAGAGAUGAAGCAUACAGACUAGAAUCGACGUAGUAAGAAAGGAAGACAAAUGUCCUCAAGUUAUGUCAAAAAUUUGGUGAGGAAAGUAUGUAUCAGAUUGGGAGGAGGGAGAUACACAGAUUGACAUGAAAAAGACAAAAACACUCUCGAUGAAAAAAUAAGUAAGUGAUUAAAGGUGAGAUGUCGCUCUUCAGUCUGCUGUUAUAUGCCUCUCUCUCCAGCUCUGAUGAUGAGUGGAUAAUUCCUAAUUUUAUACGAUGAAAAAUUGGUGACUUUAAACGCGACAGUCAAGACCUGAAGAUGAUGAUGAAUAACUGCUUUUAAACAAGAAAUGUUUGCCUUUUAUGAUCUCUGCUUCAGUUGAUAUGAUGAGAGGGUGAAGGGUAUAAAAGGCGACUUAGUAUUAAUUUCGGACCAACAUUUUAUUUAAAAUUAGUGUAUCUCGCGAUGAAAUAGGCAUAUUUGCGGUACGAAUUGAGGUGGAGAAGGUGCAUUCAUUGUAUGCAGGUAAGCCUGAAGUAUAUGCCUGGAGUAAUGUAUCUGUAUAAAGGGCUUAGACUCGUCGAGUGUGUAUUAGGUGCUAUAUAGUUUCAUAAUAAUAUUAUUGAUAUACUUUGUGUGUUUCUUUCAAUGCAUUAUACACAAACAAUGCAAUCAUCGAAAAGGGAUUAUUUAAGAAAAAUAGUAAAGGGUUAAUAAAACAGGGUGUUAUCAGGAAAACGAAAUGCUAGAGCAUUAUGUUGCUGUAUACUGCCGAAUAUGUAAGCGUAGAGCCAUCGGGUUCGUCAAGUUUUUUUUUAAUAAUUAUGUAUGUAUGCUGUUUUUGAAGUGCCUUUUGUGAAAGGACUUGUAUGUGUAUGUGUAUUUAUUAUGGUGUGUUGUAGUUGAUGAUGCGUUCACUCUAUUUAAAGCAACCAGUUAAUGCCUCAUGGUUUGUAUGAAGGUUGUCAUUUUUAGUAUUCUUUGUAGAGAAUGUUGAGAAUUGUUACUAAAAUCGCCAUUUUUUGUUGUGUAUGCUCAAACGAAAAAGCCUCUAUUUGUGUGAUAUGAUAAACACAUUGGUUUACUCAUCAUAUGACAUGGUUGUGUUCAUACUGCAAAGUGCGUUUACAUGAAACAUUAUUCAGAUGCCUUAUUGUUUAAAUAUUAGCCAUCAUUUCUAGUGUUUGCAACUUCAUGGAUCUCGAGAAUAUUGCUUUAAAACGGAGAGGCCUCUAUUUAUGAGAUGUUUGUAAUGCUGAAUGUGGGUGUGUAUUUAUUAGGACGCGAUUGAUGCGAUGGUUGUAUUAUGUAGUUUAGAGGUCGUUUAUAUGAAGAAGAAAAAAUAUAUAAAAUACAAUCACAAAGACUUUCAAGAAAUCAAGUUAAGAACAAUGUUAAUACCCUAUUAUAUCGCCUUUAGAAAUGAUUAUGUAAUAUGCCAAGGUACUGUUCACACAUUUCGAAAAGUGCAAUUGCCUUGGUUUGAUUUUUGAAAGUCUUUGUGAUCAUGUUAAAUGUACUUUGUACCUAUAUACUUUAACUUGACGAUCCAGGGAAAUGUUUUAAUUGACCUUUUGCCUCCAUGUAGUCCGUAUAACAAUCCAGAUUAUGCAGCUAAAAUUCUUUCAUGAUUUCAGUGUGUUAUUGUAUAAACGUUAUUGCUUUCACUGUUUUGACGUUGCGCUCGAUAGUUUGUUGCAUCUCUUAAAAUGAACCAUUUGUAUUUACCGAAAACUGUGCCCACAUUAAAGAAAAUUUUAGUGUGUAUAUAGGUAAGUUAAGUUUGGAUUGCGGUAUGUUUCCAUUGUUUUUAUUUUAUGAUAUAAGAUGCUCUCAUCCCAAUUAUCUAGUUGUGUUUAUAUAAUCUAAAUAUCAUAUAUGUUUGUCUUAUGAUGACAGCAAUAUUGCUUCCAUUGUUUUGAUAGUAUUGUAUACCCACUAUCAAAUAAUUGAAUUAAUGUAUACUUGUUAUACACAUGUAAUUAUCGUUUAUUUCGAGAAGGGUGUUAACUCAUACUUUACAGAGUUAACUCCCUUCUGAUACCAAGCUCAUCGUGUAUAAAUAUCAGUACGAGUAUGUAUUUGUUACAUAUGUCAAAACUACCUGUAGACUAGAAAGCGGGUCAUAUGUUUUCUUAGACUUCAAGAAACAAUGUAAUUACCAACGUUAAAUGGAUAAUAUUUGUGCAGGAAAAUAUUAUUGUAAUCAAAUGUGGUGAUGAUGAUUUACUUCAUGUGACUUUGUUUCAGGGUAAACCUAUCACGCUGAAGUAUGAAAACGAAAUGAAGAGAGAGAGAGAGAGAGAGAGAGAGAGAGAGAGAGAGAAAGAGAGAGAGAGAGAGAGAGAUCCGAGAGAAGGAGAACAGAGAAGUACUACAUCCGUUAGCUCCAUUCAUGUUAUUUGUCCUUUUUAAAGCUGUCUAAAUGGUAGUAUAGUGUAUGUAUCUUUUGAAAUGUAAAUGCCCAUGCAUUCCGAUAAAACGUUAUAACAUAAGUCUUGCCUUGUAACUCAUGCACAGAAAUAGAGUAGGUUAUUAUAGAUUCAUUUGCUCGAGUAUAUAAUUACAUGUAUAUGAUAAAAGUUAUUUUUUCCGCUGUACGAACAUUUAUUGAUGGUAUACUAUGUGAUAUGAGAAUGUUUAUAUUCUUGACAAUAAAGAUGAUAAUAAUUCUCACAAAAGAGA